AGUUCAGAAAUCCCAAGCAGAACCUUCCAGAUCCACCGGUCGCGACGGUAACAGAGAAAGGACCCCGAGCGUGACAGUGCGGCGCGUGAGGAUGACGUUCAGGGGUGUCUUAAAACAUGCCCAAGAAGAGACAGUUGCAGAUAAAAAGUGAGACCGCGAGCUGCUGUGUUCAUAAACACAUGUGUCUGUCAGCGCGCGCGUGCAAGCAGCCGGUUCACUGUUUCUCUGAGGUCUGAAUGAAGAGUUGAAGUGAUCCAGUUAAGCAUGCUGUCCCUCAAAGAGAAGGACCGGCCGGUGGUCAGGAAGCUGUUGUGCGCCGGCUGCUGUGUGAGAUGCGUCCUGCGCUUCUGCUGUGUGGGAAUCUCCUCUGCUUACAGACGAUCAUACCAGGACAUACACAAGGAGCUUCUCACCUUCAUCAAUGAGGAAAACAGCCCCUCUGAUGAGGUCAAAACAGACGAGCCGCCGAAUAAACGCAUGAGAGUGGAAGAGGAUUGUGUUACACCAGCGGAGAAGGAGACGAACUCAGACAUUUGUCCCGUCUGUUUGGGAAUCCUGCAGGACUUCUGUGAUUCGACUUUCGCCAAACAGGUGUCAGAUGCUGUGAAAAAGCAGCAGUAUGAGUUUGACAGUCUAGUGCUGACCGUUUCUCUUCCCGCUCAGCUGUCCGUCAGAGAGCAUUCCUGUUGGUUGCAUGUCAAAAAGGAAGUCAGGGAGAAGAGCAUGUGUUUAGGUAAAGAUGAUGUCAUCCAGGUGAAGGACGCAUUCAAGUGGGCCGUACAGGGAAAGAUCGGCCAAGAACUGGGAGCUGCUGUCCUGGCCAAUAGUCCGUGUGAAGUGAGUGUCGGGUUUGUACACCCAGAAACAGAGGAGGACUGUCAUUUCUUAGCAAACACCUGUCCAGACUGUUUCAAACCCACCAAAAACAAAGCGUCCAUCUUCACCAGGAUGGCGGUGGUUAAAGCUCUGGAGAAGAUCUCUGAUGAGAAGUUUAGCAGGCAUUAUCCAUGUCCACCAAAGAGACCAAACACCAGAUGUACAGCGCUGGACACCACAUGUCUCCACACGUCUGUCUUUAUAGCAGGUCGGUAUAAUAAGUUUUCUCGGGAGCUUCCGCAGACGCCGUGGGUGAUCGAUGGAGAGAGGCGGAUGGAUGGAUCCGUGGAGGAGCUGAUCGCCGCUCCUCUCCUGUCCUCGUUCAGAGCUGACGGUUUUAACUUCUCAUCUUCAGGACGAGAAGACGUGGACGUAAGGACUCUGGGAAAUGGUCGACCGUUCGCUCUAGAGCUUCUGAACCCCCAUCGAGCCAAAUUCAACAGAACCGAGAUCAAACAACUACAGGAGACGAUCAACCAGUCAUCGGACAAAAUCAGAGUACGAUACCUACAGAUUGUUACCAGGGAAGCAACAAGCCGCAUGAAAGAGGGUGAAGAGGAGAAGACUAAAACCUACAGCGCCCUCAUCUGGACACAGAAAGCCAUCGACGACACUGAUCUGGAAUUCCUGGGAAACAUCAAGGAUCUGAAGAUCGCUCAGAAGACUCCGCUGAGAGUCCUGCAUCGCCGGCCGCUGGCGGUCCGACAGAGACUCAUCCACUCCAUGAGUGCCGUUUACCUGGACACACACCACUUCACCUUGAAGCUGUGCACACAGGCCGGGACUUACAUUAAAGAGUUUGUGCACGGAGACUUCGGCCGUACUAAACCCAACCUCUGUGACCUCAUGAAAACCGAAGCUGAUAUUCUGGAGCUGGACGUCGAGUCCGUAGACAUCGACUGGCCUCCUGCUAUUCCGGAUUGACCUUUGGGAUUUUGAGAACAGUUUAUGUAUGUCAGGACUAUAUAUUUCUGUCAUACGGUUUUUUGUUAGUUUGAUAGUCAUUUGGUUGAAUUAAAACAAACCCUAAUGCAUUGCACUAUAUGCUUUUUCCUUAAUAAAACAGCCUAAUUUUGUUUA